AAUAAAUCAAAGAAUUUUGUUGGGAUAGGAAAAGUAAAAUGAUAUAAGGAGUAUAUUCUUACCCUUAAAUUGUAAUAUCCCAUUUUACGUAGGUAAGACUUUUCCCCCUUUCAUUUCACGAACCCUAAUCGCGACAUAAAUUGUCAUCUUCUUUUGUGUUGUUCAAUUCAAUCAUGGCGACUCCCGACAUUUUUCAGAAAGAAAAAGAUUUGCUUCUCUAUGCUUCCAUCUUCGGAGACGAACAAGGUGAUACAGUUAAAUCUCGUGGAGCCUUGAUCGAGAAGAAGAUCGAGUUUCUCGAGAGCUUAGCUUCCAAUGUUAGCAAUCGACGUUCACGUAGAUUAGUGAAUGAUCGACUUUUGAUGGAGCUAGUUCCCCGUCUUAAUGCUGAAGAAAUUAGGGGCUUAUUUGCUCCACCACCUUGGGGUGAGGAGGUUCCAUUAUCUCCAUUUUACAAGGCAAAUAUGGGCGAUUGGGACAAAUUUAGGCACAUAGACAUGGAUAAAGAGGCUAACAUUAUGAAGUCCUCAAGACAUUGUUCGCAAAAGCAGAAAAGCCAUGUUGACCCUGACAAAAUGACAGUCAUGAAUGCAUGGCAUAGAAUUGAUUGUCGAACGAGGGAAGCUCUCCGACGUAGCUUUCUCCCAGAAUUACUUGAGAGCUAUGAGAACCGCAUACGGGCAUUUAUUGGGGAUGAAAAUGAUGCAGAAGUUCUGAUGCUUCAGGUUCAUGAUCCUUUCCACAGAUUGUUGCUUCAUGGUGUGUGUGAGUUCUAUGAUUUGGUCUCAGUAACUGAGACACAACCUAAAGUCGGCUCAGAAGUGAAGAUGACGAAGAUAAAGAAGAAAAAAUCGGGGUCAUCAGAGAUGCCUUUCCUUACACUGUCCCAUUUUCUGAAAAUGUCCAAGGAAGGUAAAUGGUGACUUUGUGGCAAAAUAUGUUGUACUAUGAUGGAAUUGCAAGUUCAAAUGCUCGAAACUCUUUCUAAUUUCCAGAAUGUUAGUCGUUAGGGCUUGCCUGUAUCUUAAUUAUAAGAAUCUGUAUAUAAUUGAUUUCGAUUCUUCAUUUCUAUUUACAAUAAAUUUAUAAUCAAACCUUUCAUUUUCUUUAAAGUAUUACUGUAAUACUGUAUAUUUAUGAUUUCAGAAUUUCCACAUACUGAAAAAUAA